UACUGCAUACUAUUACAACCUCAUUGUAGAAUGACCUUAACAGCCCUGUAUAAACCCUUAAGUCUUUUGUUCGCCUCCGUGGCGGUUGGAUGUGGUUCUUGGAAUUAUGUGUAUUUUUGAUCGUGGGGCUGCGUACGCGUUAUCCCUGUUUUUCUUUUACUUUCAUAAUCGUUGACUGGCGUAGAAAAUAGAAUAUAAUAGCUCAGCUCAGAGCCAUUUGUUGAACCAGAACCAGAACCAAAGUUGGAUUUGUUUUUAACUACCAUCUUCAAUUUUUCAAUGAUAAAACUAAGGAACUUCCUAAGGAACUUUAAUAAAUAGCCUAGUUGGAAUUAACAAAUAUUGUGAAUGUAAUUUGCUUUGCAAUUGUUAUUUAUAUAACUUGAUGCAUACCAUAUAUGGAAUAUGUGUUCCUUAGGAGCAAAUUUUGUACAUAUUAUAUUUUUCUUAUAUUUAGUUUGUAUUAUAUAUGGUAAGGAAGCCAUAGAAGAAUCUGUAACACAAUCUAAAAUCAAAAAUAUUUUCAAUCAAGACAAAAGUGAACAAAUUCAUGCAGAUGAAGGAAAAGAUUAUGUAAAAGCAAAAGCUGAAGUAACAACAAAUAUUACCAAUACUAUGUCAACAAAUAUUACUAAAGUUAAUUGUUCAUUGGAGAAGAUCUAUGGUCCUGUUGAGAUUGUCAAUGCGACAAGGCUCAUGGAGUUAUUGAUUCUGGAACCUGGUCCAUCAAAUCGCUCAAGAAAUGGCAAAGAAAGUAAACAGUUGCCAGGAACAUGUAUUUUAGUAUUAUUUUAUGCUAGGUCAUGUGUCUUUAGUAGUCAAGCUGCACCACAUUUCAAUGCUAUACCUCGAUCAUUUCUUCAUAUAAAAGCUGUAGCUAUCGAUGCCAUAAAACAUCAAAGUUUCAAUGCGCAAUAUGGAAUAGUUGGGGUGCCGACAUUAAUGCUAGUUCAUAAUGGCAAACCAGUUGCUAAAUUCAAUGACACAAUUUAUACUUUGGAAUCAUUUGCCAAAUUUACAUCUCAGUUGACAAAUUUACAACCGAACGGUUCGUUGUAUGUUACCUCAGCGGAUUUCACUGGACCAGUUUCAAGCACACCUUCUAACGAGACAGACUACUGUCUUGUUCUAUCUUGGAUUUUCAAUAUUGCUUGUAUGUUAUACUUCAUAUCACGUAGCAGGUGGUGGCAGCAGUUCGUCGAAGUUAUUCAGAACACUUGGCGUGAAAGUAAUGCACAACAUGAACAUGUCGACUAGAAUAUAACCUAUAUAAAUAAACUUUUCCUAGGAUAUAAAUUAAUUAUUUAAAUAGUUUAAUUUAAUUACAAUUCAUUUUGUAAACAUGUAAAUAGAAAAAGUAAAAUAGACUGAUAUUUCAUGAACAUUGGA